CAAACUAGGGUUUCCCGUCGCCAAAUAAAACCCUACUUCUGAUUUGUUCGGCGGAUUGGCAUCCAAAGCAAGCCGCUUUUGAUCCUCCGCCGCUGCGUCGGAAUGGCGAAGUCGAAGAAUCACACGGCUCACAACCAAUCACACAAGGCUCACAAGAACGGCAUAAAGAAGCCUAAGAGACACAGGCAAACCUCCACUAGAGGGAUGGAUCCGAAGUUCUUAAGGAACCAGAGGUACGCUAGGAAGCACAACAAAAAGAGCGGUAGCUCAGGCUCUGAAGCAGAGGAGUAGUUGAAUUAAUGUGUAAACCGCACCUGGUCAUUUGUAUUUCUAUUUCAGCAAACUAUGUUUUUAAGGUCUUAUUUGUGCUACUAUAACAUGUCUCUUGUUUUUGCUACUAUGUCAUUUUUAAUCUCUUUGUGAAACGUGGAAUGCUUUUGAAUUCAUGAAUCAAAGCUAACUUAUCUGAA